AUGUCUUCUGCGCAAUCUGAGACCUACGAUAUUAUUUUUGCCGGGGGCGGUGCUACGGCGUGUGUUGUAGCUGGUCGCCUUGCAGAGGCAGACCCUUCCUUGAAGAUUCUGAUUCUUGAGGCUGGCCCGCACACUCGCGAAGUCGAAACACACAUCCAGCCUGCGCGCUACUUCAGUAACCUCGCACGAGGUGGAGAAACAUUCACGUACCAUGUUGGCAAGCCGAGCAAGUCUUUGAAUGGACGAUCGCCUAUAGUUCCCUGCGGACGAGCUCUCGGCGGAGGAUCUAGCGUCAAUUUCAUGGUAUACACUCGUGCUGCGGCUUCGGACUACGAUGACUGGGAAACACUCUUUGGUAACAAAGGAUGGGGCUCGAAAGACCUUAUACCUCUUUUGAAAAAGGCUGAAACAUUCGAACCUGAAGUGAAUGACAUUUCCGUUCAUGGGAAAUCAGGCCCUAUCAAAGUAUCGCUUGCCAGCAGCCAGUUUAACAUUGGCUCUCAAUUCCUUGCAGUGGCUGAAGCUUACGACAAAGAGCGGGGUCAGAGCGAUGACAUCAAUGAUUUCCGCAACGUCAAUGUAUAUGCUAGAUGGCCAAGGUACAUCGACGGAAAGUCCGGCAGACGUUCCGAUGCACCUCAUCACUACAUCUACACGCAGGAUGAAAACAAGAAUUUGACGGUCUUGGAUAGGCAGCGAGUCAUUCGGGUCAUCUUUGAGGGAAACAAGGCAGUCGGGGUAGAGUACGUGGGUGACAAGAUCGGAAGAGCCAAAGGAGAACAAGAACCAUCUGUAGCUCGGGCAUCUCGCCUCGUCAUCCUUUCCGCGGGAGCCUUUGGAUCACCUUCAAUUCUGGAACGAUCCGGAAUCGGAGCCAGUGAAAUUCUGAAGAAGAAUGACAUCAAGGAGAUCGUUAACCUCCCAGGAGUCGGUGAACAUUACAUGGAUCACAACCUAAUGUUUACGCCUUUUGUUGCGGCGGAAGAUGCGGAUACCUUGGAUGAUAUCUUCCAUGGGACACCAGACGAGAUUGCACCCUAUGCCACUCAAUGGCUCGAGGGUGGCAAGGGCUUGCUGUCCCACAAUGGAGUCGAUGCUGGCAUUAAGCUGAGGCCCAACGCAGAAGAGCUCGAAGAGAUCGGACCUGGGUUUGAGAACAGGUGGAAGACCUACUUUGCGAAUGCACCCGACAAGCCUGUCAUGUUAUCAGGAACCCUAACUGCCUACCUUGGUCCAAACCCCAAUGUUCCGAGAGGCAAGUGCUACAGCAUGGUAUACUUCUCAGGUUAUCCCGUGUCGACUGGGUAUGUCCAUAUCACCGCUGGGCUAGACCCCUAUGCUCUGCUCGAUUUCCAUCCUGGGUACCUGGACGACCCAGCUGAUUUAGGCAUUCUAAGAUGGGCCUACAAGUGGACUCGCGAGUUUGCCCGUAGGAUGGACUCAUAUCGUGGCGAGCUGGCAGCUGGACACCCAGAAUUCCCCGCAGGUAGUCAAGCUGCGGUGAAAACCACCGCCUCUGGGCCUGACCCGAUCGACUCACCAAAGAUUGUCUAUACGGCUGAAGACGAUGCAGCCAUUGAUGACUUCCAUAGAAACACUGUUGCAACCACUUGGCACUCGAUUGGUACUUGUGCCAUGAAACCACGUGAAGAGGGUGGAGUCGUCGAUUCAAGACUCAACGUUUAUGGAGUCGAAAAUCUCAAGGUUGCAGAUCUCAGCAUCACACCUGAGAAUGUAGGCGCAAAUACCUACAACACCGCUAUCGCUGUGGGCGAAAAAGCAGCUGUCAUAAUUGCGGAAGACCUGGGUAUUCAAGGAGUGACGGCGUUCUAA